UUCAUUCUGACUCUUUUAUUGCUAAUAUUUCACACAGUGUCUAAAAAUGGGUUUAUUAGUUUUUGGUUAAAACUUCAGUUAUGUGCAAAUGUGAUUUUUUUUAACUGGGAACAAUUCUGGAUCUUUAGUUUUAAGAUUCGAGAUUCAUUUAUUGUCAUUUAAAACCACUCCAGACAUGCAACGCAGUGCAAAAUUAUGUUGUAAAUUGGGUUGGCUGCAAUAUGUUUUCCUGAGGGCAGAACAGAGAACACAACCGUGGCUCGGAUGCAUUGGGUCCCAUACGGACAUAUCUCUCUGCUUGUUUCAAACAGCGUUGCUGGGCCAGGUCUCCAAUACCUGACAGUGUCUGAAAGGAAGUUGAUCCUUCACUUCUGGUGUGUUAAUGAGUGUAUCACAUCUUACAAAGUAGUUGUUGACAUUUAGGAAGUGGGCUUAAGAGCAGCAGCAUUGCCAGAUUUGAGACGUUUCUUGCUUUCAGCAGGGGUCCAACUUCUGUCAUCCAAGGUUUCCCAUUCGCCCUCCAUGCUUUUAUAGAUGUGGCCAGAUGCUGCUUCAGCAUUCUCAGUGUUUGUGCCCAAAUUGCUGAUGGCUGCCUCUGAACACUGACAGGUCUGUGUUUUGAAAACAGUCCUAAAGUGCUGCCAUGGCUUUCUCUGACUAGAUCCUCACCAGCUUUGUAGAGGGACCCUCACCAGCUUUGUAGAGGGACUGGUAAUGGUCCCUUUUUCAACAUCCAACACACUGGACCAUGUGUAUACAAAGAUUAAAUCAGUAUUCAAAGCAGUGUCACACCUCCACCUAAGCUCAUCAGGGACCAUUACCAGUCCCUCUACAAAGCUGGUGAGGAUCUAGUCAGAGAAAGCCAUGGCAGCACUUUAGGACUGUUUUCAAAACACAGACCUGUCAGUGUUCAGAGGCAGCCAUCAGCAAUUUGGGCACAAACACUGAGAAUGCUGAAGCAGCAUCUGGCCACAUCUAUAAAAGCAUGGAGGGCGAAUGGGAAACCUUGGAUGACAGAAGUUGGACCCCUGCUGAAAGCAAGAAACGUCUCAAAUCUGGCAAUGCUGCUGCUUCAGCAUUCUCAGUGUUUGUGCCCAAAUUGCUGAUGGCUGCCUCUGAACACUGACAGGUCUGUGUUUUGAAAACAGUCCUAAAGUGCUGCCAUGGCUUUCUCUGACUAGAUCCUCACCAGCUUUGUAGAGGGACUGGUAAUGGUCCCUGAUGAGCUUAGGUGGAGGUGUGACACUGCUUUGAAUACUGAUUUAAUCUUUGUAUACACAUGGUCCAGUGUGUUGGAUGUUGAAAAAAUGGUUGAAAACCCACUUUGUUUACUUGGUUAAAAUCCAUUUCACAUCCAUUUACUUAUUUUUUUUUUCCAGAGAUAAUGACUUUGCAAGAACAUGUCUAGGUUUUCAUGAAGAGGAGGAAAGUGUGAGCCCUCUUCAAAGAAUACCUUCCGUGGUAUUGGUCUCUUGUCUGGUACCCUUGUUGAUGCCCUGGCCGCUGUGGUCCGGCCAAUUCCUUGUGCAGACAGCUCCUGGGAUAGUGUUUUGGCUCCUCUGUUCUUGGCCACAUAUUAAUGUGACUGUAAUGUCAUCGAUGGAGAUUGUUGUUGACAUUGACGAAGAUAACUUUAGUCAUAACCCAGAGUCAGAUAUUGAUGAGGCAGAUGAUGGAAUGUGUUCUCCAACUGAGGACACAGGAGAUGUUUCAGAAGAAAAUACUUUAUAUUACGAGGACAGAGACUACAUGCCCUCUGAACAUGUCAAAACUAAUGGUUCCCUCAAUACCAAGACAAGCUUGAAUAUUGUUCAGUCCAUCAGCAAAGAGGUCACAGAGGACACCACGCAUGAAGCUGCAGAUAAAGACAACAUUCAAGUUCAGAAAAUCCUACCUCACCAUCAUCUUGAGAACCAGGAAAAAGAUCCUGCUGAGAACCUCCAGCAGAAUAAGGAGCAGUUUGAAAAGAUCUGUUCAGCAGAACAGCCCUCUUGGCUUUCAAAAUCUUCCUCUACGUGUCCACAGUCUGAGCUUGAACUCAAGCCACCUGUCCAACACAACUCCAUGUCAACACAAAUGCACUUGAACAAGGCAGCAGCUGAGGUAAAUCACCAUGAGGAGCACACUCCAAAAACACGGGACCAGAAUCGCAGCACAAGUCCUGCAGGCAAAACUCAUCUUGAAUCUACCAGUGAGCACAGCAGCUUCUAUUAUAAUUAUCAGCUAAAGCAGCACAAAGAACCAGAACCAAAGAGUUAUUACAUUUGUCCAGCAUGUGGAAAAGUUUUCUCCCAGAACGAAGGCCUAAAACGACACCUUGUGAUCCAUUCAGGAAAAAGACCUUUCAAAUGCUUCACAUGUGGAAAAAGAUUCACACAAAGUGGAAACCUUAAAACUCACAUGAACAUUCAUAAAGAAAAACACAAGAUCCUGUUGUCCCAGUGACUUUUAUUUCAGUUCACUGUUUGUUUCCCACUUUGUUCUCUUAAGUAAAAUGGGUGAGACUGCCAUUAAUAACAUGCUGCUCUACCAAGGUAAAAAUGCUCAUCCUUAUGUUUUGAUUGUAUAUUUUGUUCAUGUUGUGUAUACAAAUUAUAUUAUUAUUUAUUAUUAACAUUAGUAAUCAUCUUUUUGCCCUUGUCUCAGAAAUCUAUUUUUAAACCUCAUCAAAAGUUUUUGGUUUUACACGCUUGGUGAUGUGGGACACUGUUUUACAAAGUCAAUCACUGGGUGAUCUGACAACAUGUUAGCAAAACUGGUAACAUGGCUGCCAUGUUACUGCCCCAGACACAUGCUCAAGGUGCCGGUGUUUGGCGGCCGUUGCCCCUGGCCUCCUGGGACCUGUGCUCUGUGGCAGUUGGGGGCUCUGGCUGUAGCCUUCUUUUGCUGCCUCCAUGAUGGACGUGUGGCCAUCCCUGCAGUGAGCUGCCUCAGUUCUGUGCUCUGUGGUGGCUGCUGGUUGCUCCCUGUUUGGGGCCCUCUCAUUCUGCUUCUGAUCCUUGGAGGGGGCCACGGUUGCAUUUGCAUGAUCACUUAACAUAACUCGUCCAUAACAUUUUGUACAUACACAUAUACUUGUGUUUGUUGUUGUUCAUGGUUUUUACAGGUAUUCUUCCCACAGGUGCUCCUGAUGAUUGUCUGCUGCGCUUUCUCAAAGGCCUUAGGAUGUUUCCUGUUUUUUUUUUUUUUUACAGGUGUAGCCGCUGGUUGUCUGGUUUUUAUGUUUGGGUUUGAUUGCACAUUUGUUCUGGUUCUCUACAUUUUGUUUCUUUCUUUUUUCUGCCUUCAGUUGUUACUCCAGUCCAGUCCAGCUAUGUGUAUGUGUAAAUUUGGCUAUAAACAUAUAUAAAAAAACAAAUAAAGAAUAACAUUUAAGAUUCAGGGGGAGCCUUGUCUCCAAAAGGCUUGUCUUGGCAAAAGCAACAUGCACAACAUGGCACCCAGACCAUCAUUCUGCUGUCAUGAUGCUGGACAGGAGGGGUUUUUUUAUUAAUAAAAAACAUGCAAUGAGAAUACAGCA